AGGCAUACAGUCCUAUUCCCUCCAAAAAGCUUAAACAUGAUCGCUCCAGAUCGCCAUCAGCAGAUAGAGAGAAGCCAGCUGAUUGGCUACAGUCUCUGGCGGCUUCUGCUAACAAGGAUCUUAAGCAGCUCCAGUUCAAGCAGAGACCUUCAGCCUUCAGGCCCUGGUCUCCCAGAGUUCCCUCUGCUGAGCGAGAGACUCCCAAUCACAAGUAUGAGAGAUCGCUCGCUAAAACGCAAGACAAUCUGGCAGUUCCAAAUGUGUCUCUGCCCAUUGCUGCCUUCAAAAAUAAUGAGCAGCCAGCACACCGUUUCUCUCAGCCCACUGAGAGCCACAACACAGGCAAGACGGAGAGCUCCAGGCCAAGAAAGAGAUGGCCGUCAGCAGAGAGACAAUCACAGCCAGCCACCAAAACCUCUCUGUGCACUCCAAUCAAACAGCGGCUGCAGGAGAACCACGACUCAGAUGAGGAAAUCCAGGUGGACAACUGUGCUGAAGUUGCUGUCUCUCGUUCGCUGAUGUCUCCUCCCUUCACCAAUGGUGUCGGGGUGAUGACCCUCAGCCCUCACAGCUCUGCAGAGGUGCAUGAUGGGAGGGCGAGACUGGCAGCGGGUCAUUGUUCAGAGCUGGAGCUCCUCAAGCAGACGCUCAGCAGUGACCUGAGCUCCAAAGAGGCCAGAGAGAAGUUCCUGCAGGAGAUCAUCCGCAUGAGGGUGAAGCAGGAGGAGAAACUGGCAGCCGCUCUGCAAGCCAAACGCAGCCUGCAGCAGGAGCUGGAGUUUGUCAGGGUGACUAAGAAGGGCCGGCUGAGGGAGGCCAUCGAAGCCAAGCGGAACCUAAGGAAGGAGAUCGAGCGCCUCCGUGUGGAGUGUGAGAAGAAGGUGCGGGACGCCAGCGAGUCCUGCGACAGGCUGAAGAGGGAUUUGGACAGAGAGAGACGGACCCGUGUCUGUGACAAGAACUGUGAAGCAGGACGUCUGAGGGCCAAAUACUCCUCACAGAUUGAGGAUCUGCAGAUGAAGCUCCAGCAGGCAGAAGUGGACCGUGAACAGCUGAGAGAAGACCUGCUGAAGGAACGAGACGCCCGACAAAACCUGGAGCGGGUCGUAAAAGAGCUUCAGGAGCAACUGGGCCACAAAGCAGAAACGGAGGCUAACACACAGCCCACCAAAGGAGAUCAAGACAUUUCUUAAACAUUCACACUAAUGAGUUUAGACUUUGAUUUGAGGAUGAGUAGAGGACGCCUCUAAAGCCUCAUGGAAAAAAAAACUACCGUACUGCAGCACAGAAGAAUGGUAAAGAAACGAAUUCACAGCGUACGUUUACCAAAUGAACUGAAUCAUGAACUCAAGAAACUGGAAAAGGAAACGUAAACGUGUGAAACAGACUCGCCUUCAGUUAGCUUCUCAAAGCUAAUCGAAGGAAACUAUUUUGUUAUAAGCUAUUUAAAAAAAUUUUCGCAAAGAUACUUGAAGAAUAUUUGGGAAGCGAGCGUGUUUUCUAUUCACUUUGCGCUGACAGUAGCAGGCCAACGAUCUGCUAGUGCCACCGAGACUCUGUAAACUAGAAAGUGUUACAAGCCAGAAUUCUACAUAGCACACCGGUGUUGUCAUUAUCAUUGUUUGCUCGCUUUCAUUUGACCUUUUUUGGUUUGUUUUGGCUGUUGUAUUGAAAUAGUUUGCAUGUGCGACCAUGCUAUGGUGCAGAAAAGCUUUAUUAUAAACCUACGUUCAUUUUUAUUAUGGUAUGUUUAAUUAUCAUGUACUUAAAACCCUAUAGUAUUGACGUCGAUCAAUAUGAGAUGAAUCCUUACCCUCUCUCCUGAACUUCAGUAUCAAGUAUUAAUUGCUUUAAUUAUCGCUAUUUUAAACAGUCUAAGCGACUGGCAUCACUCCACGCUCCAUUUCGACGGUAAAAUGAAUGUUUUGUUGGUUCAGAAUCGGAAUUAAGUGACAGAAAUCAAUUAUCAGUCACUCCUUUUAGGGCUUGUUUAAGGUAUAAAAAAAGAAGCUGUUAAAGAAAAUAACAUUUCUACUUAUAUAGAAAAUAAGGAUAUAUAUUUUUUUACUUUCUACCAAAAAAAAAA